AUGUGCUCUCCAUGAUGCAGCUUCUGGAGUAACGGCCCGGCCAAUGGUUUGAAGUCGGCCCAUGUCGCCUGUGUCCCGAUCUCGCCCUAAUGAGGACACUCUGGGCUCUGAGAAACGACGGCGUGCCUCGGACAGCCCACCAUCGGUGUUACAGACUCGACGAUCCCCUCGGGGAGGCGGUUUCGGUCUUCAGCUCAGCGGGUCCGAGGGGCUCGGGCCUCCGCGGGGUCCAUGGGGGCCCAGCACCAGGUCUGGGGAGCGGCCGCCACCGCCAGGGAUCCGCACGUUUGCCGCCUCUUGGUCCUCCUCUUCCGUCUCUAGCGGCUAUCGCUACCACCACUAUGCGGGAGAGCGUUUGUGGGCGGAGGACCAGGAGAAGGAAAAGGAGGAGAGCUAUUGGCAAAGGAGGCUGAAGGAAAGAGAGAGGAUAGGAGAGCUGGGCGCGCCCGAGGUGUGGGGACUGUCGCCCAAGUUUCCUGAGCCAGAUUCGGAUGAGCACACACCAGCUGAAGAGGAGGUGAAGAAUCCGAAGAGCAGCAGUUCAGACAUCGCCAGUGAAGAAAAAAGCACGAAGACCGGUCAUUCAACAAAGAGAAAAAGGAAGAAAAAGCCCUCCAAAAGGAAACGUAGAAAGUAUUGUGACAGUGACAGCAAUUCAGAGUCUGACGUUCAGUCUAGCUCUGGGGGCGAUAAAAGGAAAGUUAAAGCCAGGAAGAAAGAGAAGAAAAGGAAACACCGGGCAAAACAACUCAAGAAGAGGAGGAGGACUAGAAAAGAAUCCAGCGAGAUACGCUGCUGCGAAGCUUUAGAAAGGGGAUUGCCAGAAGAUGCGUGGAUGGAACAGUCAGUGAGUGCAGAUGCCCUGGAUUUAAUAGGCCCCAAAGCACCGGUAAUACACACCUCUCAGGAUGAGAGACCUUUGAAUUAUGGCCACGCUCUGCUUCCAGGUGAAGGCGCAGCCAUGGCUGAAUAUGUAAAAGCUGGAAAGCGUAUCCCACGAAGGGGUGAAAUUGGGUUGACAAGUGAAGAGAUCGCCUCCUUUGAGGGUUCAGGUUACGUCAUGAGUGGGAGCCGACAUCGCCGGAUGGAGGCUGUAAGGCUGCGGAAAGAGAACCAGAUUUACAGUGCUGAUGAGAAACGAGCCCUUGCAUCCUUUAACCAGGAAGAGAGGCGGAAGAGAGAGAAUAAGAUCCUAGCCAGUUUUCGAGAAAUGGUGUACAGAAAGACGAAAGGGAAGGAUGACAAGUGAGAACUUGUUUGUGGCUCUGCGGGACUUUUAAACAACAAAGGUUUUUGUAUGGCGAAAAUAAUAAUAAAUGGUUCUACAGUUCACCAAUGACACUGUGCCCUCUGUGGUACUAAGUAUCCUAGGAAAACACUUUUUGAAAUGUCAUUAGAAAUUUUUACAAAACAUUUCAGGAAAUGAGUAAAAAGGUGAAUGUCACUCCAGUCCCUGAUUUACCACCCCUUCUCCAAAAGCAAAUUGUCUUCCAUAUUCUUCCAUGGUUUUGUGCAUGUGCAAGGUAUUUUGCGGAACAAAAGUUAGUACUACUAAACGGAAGAGUGCCCACCCCAUCUGUUCCUGUGAUUUCCCCCGCCCCCAGGGGGAGUUUACCUUUUAGAGUCAUUUGCCCAGAAGGACAAAAAGAACUUGAGAGCUGAGAAAGUAACCAUUUGGACCUCUCUGGAUUCAGUGGACUGUGUUCUGCUGGCUGUAGUUACCAGACUUGGUAAAAAAAGAAACAGAGUUUUGUCACGGAAAAGCCUAGGAAACUAUGUUUCCAGCAUUAUGUUAAUAGAAUUUGGACUUUUUCUCUUUUUCCAUGACUCAUUUUCUUAGAGUGGUUUCCCUUAUAGAAAAAAAGAACUGCCAAAUCUCUUGAAAGAAUAUUUCCUUUUGAA